GGCCCCCGUCCGGCCCCCUUCGCUGCCGACGUCACCGCGUCCAAUCAGCUCCGCGGGGGUCCGGCUGUCAAGCCUCCACUCGCGCUCGGAGCGGCGGCACGAGCGCAUCCCGGAACGUGUGAGGCGCAUUCGCGGUGACGCACGUGAACGCGCACUGACACGGAGCCCAGGAGCCGGGACGCCGCGUGCCUCUUCUCCCCCCCUUUUUUUUUGCCAUGAUGUUGUCUGUGUGUUUUCCGUCUCUCUGUUCAACGCAUGUCUUAUUAGGACGAAAGUGGACAUUUUUGUUUUACUUUUCCUUUCCUUGGAGCAGCUUGAUUUGAAAUAAACCAAAAGGCUCGAAGAUGGACGAGGGACGUGAGAACAACCGGACGCCGCCGUCCGACAACUGGACGUCUUACAACUCCUCGCCGGAGGCGGCGGGGGCCGGGAGCAACGUCACCUACGUGGGCUUCUACCUGCACCAGCCGUCCACGGCGGCCAUCUUCAUCGUGUCCUACAUGCUGAUCUUCCUGGUGUGCAUGGUGGGGAACGGCGUGGUGUGCUUCAUCGUGCUGAGGAGCAGGAACAUGCGGACCGUCACCAACUUGUUCAUCCUGAACCUCGCCGUCAGUGACCUCCUGGUGGGGAUCUUCUGCAUGCCCACCACACUCCUGGACAACAUAAUUACAGGGUGGCCUUUUGGAAGCCUGGUCUGCAAAAUGAGCGGCAUGGUCCAGGGCAUCUCCGUGUCAGCGUCCGUCUUCACGCUGGUGGCGAUCGCUGUUGACAGGUUCCGGUGCAUCGUCUACCCGUUCAAGCAGAAGCUGACCAUCUCCACCGCCUCCUUGAUCAUCGUCAUCAUCUGGGUCCUGGCCAUAUCCAUCAUGUGUCCCUCCGGCGUGAUGCUGCAGGUGACCAAGGAGCAGAGCAUCCGGGUGCUGCUGGGCUACGACAACAAGACCAGCCCGUUCUACUGGUGCCGGGAGAACUGGCCCAACCAGGACAUGAGGAAGGUUUACACCACCGUCCUCUUCGCCAACAUCUACCUGGCGCCGCUCUCGCUCAUCGUGGUCAUGUACGCCCGGAUCGGCGUCACGCUCUACAAGUCGACGGUCCCGACGGGCGGGAAGCCGGGCCAGGAGAACCGCCACUCCGUGUCCAAGAAGAAGCAGCGGGUGAUCAAGAUGCUCCUCAUCGUGGCGCUGCUCUUCAUCGUCUCCUGGCUGCCGCUGUGGACGCUGAUGAUGCUGAGCGACUACGCCAGCCUGACCGAGCCGCAGUACCGGAUCAUCAACAUCUACGUCUACCCCUUCGCCCACUGGCUGGCGUUCUUCAACAGCAGCGUCAACCCCAUCAUCUACGGCUUCUUCAACGAGAACUUCCGCCGGGGCUUCCAGACCGUCUUCAAGUUCAGCCUGUGCGCGGCGGACGGCCAGCGCCGCAGGUCGUACUCGCACCGGCUGCAGGCCAACUCCGUGCUGCCCGCCAACAACGCGCUGACCACCCACGAGCCCAUGUCCCUCAACAGCGUGGAGAAGAACCCCGCCAGGCGGGUCAACCACGUCAGCGAGCACGACCGGGUGACGGAGGACCAGGACAAGGCGUCCGGCAGCAGCGGGGGGGUGACCGCCGUGUCCAUCUGAGGGAGGGA